AUGUUGCCACAUAAUGCGUCUUUUGCCGGCUCCGGCACAAGUAUUGUUCGUCUGAAUGCUGCAGAUCAGCAGGAAAUUAUCGUUGUGGGGCUCCCUUAUGCCUCUUCCGGCAGUUCAAAAGCUGACAGAGGCGCAAUUAUGGUCUACUGUACCCCGACACAGUCUAUACAGUCAGAAGACCAAGAAGCGCGCAUGAAGAUGCCAAAUGAAACUCUUCGGGCGCCCCCAAACGCUUUCUUUUUCGGAUAUGCCUUAUCAGCUGUGGGUGACAUUGACGGUGAUGGCAUCGAC